AUGGGAGAAGCUAUAGAGGCCCAAGACCGAGCCCAAGACCGAGCCCGAGCCCAAGCUCAGAAACGGUCCUCCUCGCAGGCAUCAACCUCGUCGAGACGGAGUCAGAAAGCAAAGACUGUCCGGUCGAAACCCCUCAAACGUCUAAGCACUUGCUCGUCGACACAUACGGCCACCGAUCUCACCUCUUUUCCAUCUCUAUCCCCAGAUCGAUCGCCGGAAGGGUUUUUCGGCGAACCGGCGUUGAACCAUGCUCUGAGCCGGGCGUUGUUGGUCGAAGAAGGUGAUAAAGGGCUGGAUGGCGAACGUGGGCGGAAGGCAACUCUUGAGGGCCUCACCACAACCUUGCCUCAGCUCUCCGGUAGAGCUGCCCUAUUCAGUGACUCUGCACCCUCCCAGGAUGUCCCCGGGUCCCUACACCUAGCGAACGAUGACCAUAUUGAACGCCUAAUCGCCCGGACGGGAGCUGUGCGGUUGAUACGGCAGUUUGCCCGUGACCUGGCGUUGCGUGAUGCGGAGGUAUCUGCACUACGGUUGCGUGCUGAUGACCGGGAGCGAGAGCUGAAGAAGAUGCUCCGUGAAGUUGAAGUGUCGAAUCAUGAUAUUGAGCGGCGACUCUAUAUGUUGGAAAACCCACCGGAUAGCUCCCUAGAUACCUCAAAGGCCGACUCGGCCGACUUUUCUUCCGGGCAGAGAAGCCUGACCUCCUCUAUUGACGAUAUGAUGAAUCAGGCGAUGUUGGAAACUGUUGGGCCCCAGAAGGGUGAUAUUGAAGCCACUAUCAGGCCUCAUCGAACUGAUAGUGACCCUAGGUCCGGUAACUCGAGUGCCGGGUCGUCCAAGAAGCCCUCUACAGCUACUGGACGUGGAUGGCAAGACUAUAUAUGGGGUACCUCGACAGUGAGCCGGAGACCUAGCAGAGCCAACAGUAUGAGAAGCGAUGCAGGGGAUGGACCUCGCAUCCAAGCAUCAAAUCGACGGAAAGCUCUUGAUGGACAGUUAUUCCAGCCUCCGGGGCCAACACCAGAUACAUCAGGUCUUGGAAUCGAUGGUACGCCAGCAUACAAGUCUGGCGACGGUGACGACCGAAGCAUCAUUUCGCAACGCUCUUCCAACUCGGUAGCUUCAUGGACUGUUAAACUAUUUGCCGGAAAGGGGAAGGAUGGACAGGAUGGCGCCCGCAGUCGCGCGUCGUCAAGGAACCCCGAUGCUAGAAACAGGAACCAAUCACCUGCGCCACGGCCGCCGAAGGCUGCUGGAUCUGCUUUGGCUGCUUUGACACGGAUAAAUGGUUCGACUGGCGUACAGCAAUUGUCUGGCCGCUCAUCUAGCUCAUCAACUAUGCGCGGCUCGACUAUGAAUAACACCUCAAAACCACGCCGCUUGCGGGUUUCAAGUACCACCUCUGGCGCAGGGACUCCGGGAAGUGCACACCCUGACAGUGAGGCAACUAACCUGGGGCCCGUUGAGAUGGAUGCAAUCUUACCAAUGGAAUCCCGCCCUCCCACUCUUGCCCAUAUCUAUGGAGAGUAUAACCCAGGCGACCUGCUUACUGACAGGUUUGGCUUUAUCUAUGAUCAAAGGAGAAACCGACGCCAAAGGGAAGUGAAUGCGGGCCGUCCAACGGAGGAAACCUCAAGCGCUACAAAUGCAGCUGGAUCUGCGAAUGUAGAUAACAACGGUAACACCGCAACACCUGCGCCCGGUGAUGAUCUAGAGGGUAGUGCUGCUGGGCUCAGGAGAUGGCAAGAUUAUUUAAAGACUGCAACGAAACCCACAGAAUUACUCUCGCAUACACCUGCUGCAGGGCCUGUUGUUUCUGUCGAACAAGGCACCCAACCCAAACCUCGUAUAUCAUCGAUUGCAGUUGGGAAAAGUGGCGCGGUAUCUGUGGUAAAUAACUCUGCACAACCAUCCGCGUUCACGUCGGCUGUCAUCUCGAACCACGCCGAGUUUGCGGGGACAGAGCCUAGGCCCCGUGAAGCAUCAACUUCUGAACAGCAGCCAGUGAAGUUAUUGCUACAGCGAUUGACGGAAUUACAUGACGCUUCCCAGCAGGAUCGAACUGUGAAAUGGAAUGAAUUCAUGCGAAAGGUCCGCGCGGAACGACGGAAAGAAGGCGAAGCUACCGCAGCGUUAACGCUUCCCGACCGCUCCAAGCCUUCUCGCGAUAUGCCUGAAGUAGCUCUAGCAGAUGGAGAGGUCAUUGGCAUUGCAGGUCUUGGAAAUAAGGGGAAAAUCGGCCGUGCUAAAUGGAGAGAGUUUAGAAAUCUCGUGCUAGGCGGUAUUCCGGUUGCAUACCGUGCUAAGGUCUGGUCCGAAUGUAGCGGUGCCUCCGCUCUCCGUGUGCCAGGAUACUAUGAUGACCUUGUCAAUGGGCAUAUAACUACCCAGGCAGACCCAGGCGCUACUGCCCAGAUUGGCAUGGACAUCCAUCGUACCCUAACUGAUAAUAUUUUCUUCCGAAAAGGACCUGGGGUAGCAAAACUGAACGAAGUACUUCUUGCUUACUCUCGCCGGAAUCCAGAAGUUGGAUACUGUCAGGGCAUGAACCUGAUUGCCGGGUCACUCCUGCUAAUCCUACCCACAGCAGAAGACGCAUUUUGGGUCUUGGCUUCAAUCAUUGAAAAUAUCCUUCCACCUCAUUACUAUGACCAUGGUCUUGUUGCAUCUCGAGCGGACCAGCAGGUUUUGUGUCAGUAUGUCUCAGAGGUGUUACCAAACCUAUGGGCACAUUUUGAAGAUCUGGGUAUUGAGCUUGAAGCCUUGACAUUCCAGUGGUUCCUCUCAAUCUUUACCGACUGCUUGUCUGCCGAAGCACUUUACCGCGUAUGGGACGUUGUCUUCUGUCUCAGUGCGCCCGCUACUUUCUCUUCCAAUGCCCCCGCGUCAACCCAGGAGCCUGCCGAGGCCGCAUCAGGCGUAUCCUCUACCAAAACUGCUCCAGCCCCAGCAUCGAAGCAAGCCACUCCGCUCUCCACUGUUGACAAAGAUGUCACUAGUACCAAUAGUGAUGGAGGCGGAAGCACUUUCUUCUUCCAAGUUGCGCUAGCAUUGCUGAAACUCAACGAGCAACAGCUCUUAACUACUUGCUCAACCCCAGCUGCGAUUUAUUCAUAUCUUAACCAUCAGAUGACGAACCAUGCGAUUAGUAUCGAUGGACUAAUUCAGGCUAGCGAGGCGUUACGGAAUGUUGUCAAGAGAGAGGAUGUCCUAGCAAGGCGAUCAGCUGCGAUUGAGGCGAUGGGCAUGCCUUUCAAUACAUCCCAUGUGCCAAAGUAA